AUGGUUCACUUCAUAUCGUUGUGGAGCGUGGCACUGGUGGCCGUGUGUUCGCUUAUGGUGGCCGUCGAAAGCAAGGAAGUCGUCUGCUACUACGGUACGUGGGCUACCUAUCGCCAGGGAAAUGGCAAGUUCGCCACCGAAAAUAUUGAUCCCUUCCUGUGCACCCAACUCAACUAUGCCUUCUUCGACAUCAAUCCGGACGGCUCAAUUCGCAUUCCGGACGAAUAUCUUGCCCUACCGUCCGGGCUUAAUGCGAUCGGCAAGUUUUACGAGUUGAAGCAGCGAAACCCGGCCCUAAAAACGGUGGCCGCCAUCGGUGGGUGGAAUGCUGGCACUGCUAACUUCCGGACGGUGGCUGCCAAUCCUCAGCUGCGUGCCACUUUUGCGAGAAACGCAGUAUCGUUCCUGCAGCAGUACCGGUUCGACGGUAUGGACAUUGAUUGGGAAUAUCCGACAGCCGCAGACAAAUCGAACUUUGUCCUGUUUCUCCGAGAGCUGGCCAGUUCGUUCGCACCGUACAACUAUUUGCUUACAGUUGCUGUGGCAGCUCCAGAGGCAACGGCCAACGAGGCGUACGACAUUCCUGCUAUCUCGAGCAUUGUCAGCUACAUCAAUCUGAUGACGUACGAUAUGCAUGGCAAUUACGGCGUCACCAGACACCAAGCCCCUGUCAAUCAAGGACCUGCCUCAAUCGAUGACUCGGAUUAUAAACGACAGCUCAACGUGGAAGCCGUCGUUAAGUAUUGGCUGAGCAGGGGUGCUGCAGCGAGUAAACUUACCCUGGGUAUUCCUCUGUAUGGCCGCACGUUUAAGCUGUCCAAUCCUAGUGUUGAUGGCGUUGGUGCGCCUACCAGCGGUGUUGGCACACCCGGACCAUACACCCAAGAAGCCGGCUCACUGGGAUACAACGAAAUAUGUGAAAGCUCGUGGCCACGGAAGCUGUUCGAUUCGGUACAGAUUGCAGCGUACGCUUCCGGUAAUGGUCAGUGGGUCAGCUACGAUAGUGUGGAUGUUGUCAAUCAAAAGUGCAACGUGAUUGCCAAGUACGGACUCGGUGGAGGCAUGGUAUGGUCGAUUGAGCAGGAUGACUUCCGAGGCGUUUGCGGUCCCAAGUUUACGCUGCUGAGCACCUUGAAUCGAUGCGUGAACAAUAAUGGUCCACCGUCUGCCUCUACUAGUACCACACAAACAUUGUUGGUAUCUUCUAGUACCAAGCGAGUGGCUAGUACCACUACUACUACCAAGCAUACUACUACUGCUGCACCGAUCACCACGACCAUAGCAGCGACUCCCGGCUCUGGUUCUUUCGUUUGCCCCCGGGAUGGAUACUUUCGGGAUCCUUCCAAUUGCAACAAAUACUAUCGAUGCUACUCCGGUUACAAGUACGAGUUCAACUGUCCAUCGGGAUUAUACUUUAACGAGGAAAAACUCACCUGCGACUGGCCUUAUAAUGUUAAAUGUUAG